GCGAGUUUUUGUGAUUUUGGCUUGAUUUGUAAGCUUUUCUUGCCAUUUAUCACUGUUUAUAACAUUGGCGUAUUAGAAAACAUGUCAAUUCGUGAUUUAUUGGAUCACUUACCAUGUAAUUAACGCUCUGGUGGUUUCAUUCACGAGUGCGAGCCAUGGCAAUGGAUAUUGCAAAAGCUGGCUGGCUCCACAGGCAGAGUACCUUUCUCCUGCGUUGGAAAAAAGUUUGGUUUGUCUUGUACACGAAUGGAGACCUGAAAUACUUCAAGAGUCCUGACGUGUUUGAGGCCGAGGCUACAUUGAGGAUGAAGACUGAGUGUCUCACAAUACAGACAGGCCGAGCAUGUGGCGUUUCUCCCCCAGAUGGCGCGAGUAGAGACGCGCUGCUUGCGGUGGUUGGGAGAAGUGAGACGUGGCAGCUAUGUGGAGAAAACCCUGAUGAUGCGAAAGCAUGGCAGUUCUCCCUGGAGCAAGCGAGAGUCAUCAAUGUAAGACCAGCAUUCAAGCCACCUACGGGCAACCCGAAUCAGCCCCCAGCCUACCCCACAGGUCCUCCUCCACCGUACUCACAGGGUCAGCCGUACCCACAGGGGUCCUCACCACAGCAGGUGCAGGGAAGUGCAUACCCAACACAGCGAGUUGUCUAUGCCUACCCUGGGCAGAGGUACUAUGGAUCACAUCCCCCGCCUUACGUCGUUCAAGAGGCGGAUGGAUCACGGACGACCGUCAUCUACCAGAAUGCCCCCGAAUAUCAUAACCGGUAUGAUGGUGGAGAUGUCGCGAUGGGCAUGAUGGCCGGAGCAGCGCUAGGAACUAUGAUGUGGUCACCGCUCCUUUUCUGGUGAUCUCAACACUAAUAGCGCCAUCUAUCUCAUGCGACUCCAUUGGCUUCCUGUUAAAUACAGGAUUGUUUUCAAAGUGCUUUUAUUUACAUACAAGGCAAUACAUGGAGUCGCACCUGCGUACCUGUGUGAUAUGGUCAGACUGAGGCACCAUUCCACCUACCAUCUCCGCUCUGUUAUUGCUCUAACUUUGGUGGUCCCUCGCACUAAGUGCAAAACCUUUGGUGACCGUUCUUUUUACAAGUCAUCACCGGUUCUAUGGAACCAGCUACCUUCCAACAUCAGGCUUGCUGGUUCCAUAGACAUUUUCAAAACUCUCCUGAAGCAACACCUUUUCAGGGAGUGUUUUGCUUUGUAAAGCGCCUGAGAAUUUAAGUUUUUCUUUUAAUUCAGGCGCUAUAGAAAUUCUUAUAUUCAUUCAUUCAUUCAUUCAUUCAUUCAAUCAUUGUAGUUACAUUGGAGGGACGUCACGGAUGACCAGGGAGACGUUGGCUACUUAUUACCUGUAAUGUAAAGGGGUGUGCCGUUUGCAAUUACAGUAGAACAUCUCUAUUAAGGACACCCUCAGGAGUGACAAGUGCUGUCCUUAAUAGAGAGGUGUCCUGAUAAGAGAGGUCAAAUUGAAUAGAAACACGCAAUUUGGGACCAAAACUAGUGUCCUUUAUAGAGAGGUGUCCGCUUAGGGAGGUUCCACUGUACUGGUGUUCCAGGAAGAUAGAAAUGCAGUUAUACAUUAAGCCGUAGUGCAGUUAUUAUGAAUACGAAUUUACUGAAACUUAGUAUUCAAAGUAUGGUGAUUUGGCAUUUUGGCCAAUGUAUUAUUGUGUAUAUAAUGUACAUCAUUCUCUGUUCAUAACUUUCGUUGUUUGCGUCAGCACAUUUGACUCGCGAUUUCCGGCAUGACAGCUGUUGUCAUUGCUUAAGGAGCCGCUGUGGUGUAGUGGCUUGGACUCUCGACCAGCGGUCAAGAGGUCCCGGGAUCGAUCCCCACUGUCGGCGUGAGACUGUAGGCUGGUCUCUCUGUCUUACUUGCCUCUCUGCACCCAGGUGUAUAAAUGGGUACCGGUCAGAAAUGCUCAGAUUGUAGCGCUGGUUGAGCAGCUCAUCUGAGGUCUACUGAAAGGUUUCAGGACAGACUGGGGUUAAAGUGUAAAGUCGGAUGACAACCUAUAUCGUAGUUGAUAUCAGACUAUAAACCCUAAACUUUAACUUUAACUUUGCUUACCACGUUCUAAUUUGGCUUCGCCAUCUUUUCAUUGUCAGUGUGCAUCGGUUUCACCGCAUCGCGUGUUUACUUCAUAUUCCCUUUUUGAAGCGCUUGUGAUAAAGUCUUGUUGACAUGGCACGGCAAGUCAGCUAUUAUCACGUGAUCGUGUUGUGUCCCAUUUACGCGGUUGCUAAGAAUAUCCAUGCGCGUUGACUUAGAUCGUCAAUUUAUAAUAAUUCGGUUAAUAACCGUAGUUGUGCGUUUAACCGCGAUUCCAGUCACUUUUAUUUAUUCCAUGUGACUGAUAUUUAAUCUGGUUAAGUUGUCCUUAAUAGUUUUUGGGACCUCGUUAGCCUGUUCAUCUGCAACCGUAGUUGCUAGGGGGCGUUUCUUCUUUUCUUGAGCACGUGGAUUUUGUGGGCUUGACAAAUUGCGACCCUGGAUUGGGUUUGGCGUAGCGCUAAUUCAUGUGGCGCGAAAUAAAACCUGAAACACACAACGCUUCGGGGCGACUCUCAAGAAUAAUCUGAAGCAAGAACAUCUGCCGAAUUCUAUUUCUUUCAUUUAUCUUCGCCAUUUUAAUUCGAAAACGUAAGUAAAGGUAUCUCCAUCGAGCGGCAAGGUAAGCCGGAAUCGCAGGAUAUAAGAAAUUACCAGUUCUACCUUUAACCCUUUCGCUACUGGCACUAUGUGCAUGCUCUGUACUGAGCAAGAUUUGACCAAUUUUAGAGUUUUUUUUCAAAGGGCUGCUGCACUAUGUCAGAUCGAGAAAGAAAGAAACAACUACUUAGUUGUUAUGGACAACUACCUAAACUUUAUUUUUACCAAAAAAUUAACUUAUGCAAAUAUGCAAAUUAGGUCAUACAGCCUAAUUAGCAUAUUCUGAAAACUGAAAUCAGGUGGUUGUUUUCGGAAUAAAGCUCACUGGGCCAUUUAUUUCAAGCUUUCUUGCAAAAAACCUAAACAAGAGUCAUUGCCACUCUUCUCCUCCAUGUUUUCUCAAAAUAAUUUUAUAAAAAUAUUGAGAAAUGAAUUUUUGAGGAUAUUUCUCCCAAAAAGAGGGAAAAUCGGCAAAUUCCGCAUUUUUUUGUGAAAAACCGUCAAAAAGUGUUUUUGUGUGGAUUUCUUGCAAUUUUGCAUGUUACAGGUUGGAGCUUCACUAUGAAAUGUAACAGGCGUACAUGUACUGUAGUUACAACUCAAUUAUGGUGAGAAAUAAUAAUGAUAUUUCUCAAAAAUCAUUAGACUUUGCUUAUUUCCCUACAAACCAACUCACAAAGUCAUUAUUGUAUCUUUCAAAUCCUGAAUGACUGAUUUCUCAUGCCACUGGCACCUGAGUGUAGCAUAGAACAGUGUGAUAUAUUUCAUCGCCAAGGAAAUGAGCAAUAACCUCAUCCGCCGAAAUUUUCGCGCCACGUUUUGCAGCCAUGCUCGAAUCCCAAAGCGCGCCCAUUGAGAGGUCUUCAAAGAAGCAUUUGAUCGCUGAAAAUAAUCCAGAAAGGCGGGAAAACCAGUUGCCCGCAUGCCUUGUAAACCUAAUUAGUUCUAACGAUCGUUAGAAGACGGCAGCACUCGUAGUUUCUAUAGUGCACCAACCGCGGUGCGGUUGAUGAGUACGGAGCGGCGGGGUACUGUUCAGCCGCCCGGCGGUUGACCAGUACUGAAAGGGUUAAUGCAUGUUUUAAUCGUAUUUUGUAAAUAUAUUACCCGGAUCCAAUGCACCGGUCCCAGACCAUAGCUGGGAGCCAACGCUUGGAUUCCGACGCUGUAUUGCAUGUAAAUAUUUAACAUAGACAGCUAGUAUAUAUAAACUGAUAUCUGAACAA